AUGCCCUUCUACAUCCAAACACCCCCUCUUACCCCGGCUCAACAAUUCUCGUCAACGUCUACAGUAACCUCACCAACCAGUCAAAACAAUCAUUUACUCGCUGAAGACGAAGAAGAACCGAUCGAUGUGGUUCAUGAAGAAGAGGAAGAAGAUAUGGAAGAGAUGAAAAUGGAAAUCGAUCUACAAAACCAAUCGGGACUACUGAGAAGAAGUUUCCGACCAUUGCUAACUUCCGAAAUGAGAUCUGGAGGGAUUCACAAGACUAGCAGUGACUCUAAUUUGAGGAAAUAUUCCACUGGAUAUUCGGAACAAACAUCUGCAUUCGGAUUUCUCAGAGGUCCAAGACCUCACCGUCCAGCAUCCAACCUUCCCAGUGGAAUGAGUCAAGAGGUUAAAAUCGAUCCACUUCAAACAGUUCAACAAUUCCUUCAAAUGCAUCAAUCGCUUAUGAAUUCUCCAUCAGUUCCAACGUGUCUUUCAAAACUGCUAAUCGAGUUGUUUGCUUAUUCUGAACACAGUAUUCUUCAAUCAGUCAACUUUUACCGCUCCCUUCUUGCCAUGAAAAUAGCUUUACUCCUCAAACUUGAAAAUAAGAGGCAACAAGCAAACAACACAACAGGAGAAGAAGAAGAACGUCUUCUCCGAGAAAAGGGAGCUCUACGUUCUACGUCUUCGCUUGUGCUUUUUCAUGUUUUGACGUCGAAUGAGGUGUUCUGA